GAAGAGUCGAUUGCUCGUUCUGGGAGGCUGCUUGCUGUUGACCGACACCACGAGAAAGACAGGCAUGUGCACUGUGCGGCCACCGGAGCCCCGCGUUUCGCGUUUUUUACGGGAGAGAAGAACGCAGGAGAAAGCGAGAGACGCGGCUUUUUCUCGAAGUUUUUCUUCUCGCAGCGAGGCUUGUCUCCUCGCGCGGAGCUCUCCUGUUUCUCUCUCUUCGUGUCUCUGCUUCCCUUCGUUUUCGCGCGCGACUUCGCCCGCUGCGCUGGCAGUCCCUAGCGUCCUCCCGCCAAGUACCACGCUGUUUCUCGCUUUCGCCUGCUUCGCCUUCAUUUCGUCUGUUCCGCGCUUCUUCCGGCUGACAUUUCAGAUGGAGGUCGAAGCCGGCGGUUGCCGCUUCAGUCAAGCUUCUUCCUCUGUCUCGACUGCUGCUCCGUCUGUCCUCCCUCCCUCCCUCCCAACCCAGGGAGGCAGAGAAAGCAGCCGGGACAGAGGAAGAAGCUUGACUGCUGGAACGAGGACUUCUUCGGUGCUCUGCGGGCUGUACAGACAGCGUGUGUGCCACUGGCUUCUGCCGAGUCGCUUGGAGCGCGAGAGAGGUUCCCGAACUUGAAAAAUACAUCGACUCCCCCUUCUCUGUUCACUUCUUUCUUUCGACUUCGCCGCGAAGCCCAGGAACAGACUGGAGACGGAGUGGCAACGAAAAAAAAGGAGGCAUUUCUGCUGCAUGCGAGCGCAGAAGGAGCCUCGCGAGGAAGAAGCGAAACGAACGCAUGAAGAUGGCGUAGCAGGAUGGCGGGAUUCGUCUCUGAGGCUCCGAAGCAGCUGCUUCUUCAGCUCGUCCUUCUUCUCGCUCUCCUGCCUCCACAGCCGCUGCGUCUCGCGGGGGGUCUCUCUCUGCCCGCGCCCAUCUCGUCCAUGCGUCGUUUCUCUCGCACUCCUUGGCGGAGACACGGCGAAGUGAGCGCGGCGCUUCUGGGCUCCAGUGUCUCCUGCCUCGCUGCCCGAGCGGGGGCAGCUCCUCUCCAGGACUUCUCUUGGAGCAAACAGAGACGGAAGGAAGACCAAAAGGGAGGCAGAGCAAGAGGAGCAAGAGGAGCAAGAGGGCGAGAGAGAGAAGAGAGAAGCGCUUCCCUCUCAGGUAUCUCCCCGCCUGUCAGAGAGGGGAACUCCGGAGGCUUGUCGCUUUCGGCGGCAGACGGAAACAUGCUGUGGAGAGGAGAAUACGGGAGAGAACAACAGGGCAGGAAUCGCCGGCGCCGGAAGGAGAGGUUCAGUGAGAGGAAGGCCAUCUCUUCUCCCUUUCGCCCGUGGCAAUGGCCUCCCUCUUGGGGUAUCGGAGAGGGAGACGAAGCUGAUCCGAGGAGGCGGCCAGCUCUCCCCAGAGCGAUGGCACUGAGAGACGAAGCUGCGUUUCUCUCAUGUGGUUGUACACCGUGUUACCGACGUCCUUGUAUUUCGACUCUCUGCAGAGCCGCUUUCUCGCCCUGCUCGCUGUCUCCUUUGUCAAGUCUUCUCAAGCCCAGUGCAUCGUCAUUGCCUCGGUCGACUUCUCAGUCCCUGCCGUCAUCCGUUGUUUCCGACUUCUCUCUUUCUCGGCCUCUUCCUCGCUCCUCCUCGCCUCUGCCGUCGAUCCGCCAAGGUGCGCUGUCCCCCUGCGGAGUUCUGGAAGGUGUCUCAAGUUGCUCGAAGACUCUUCGUUGGCCAUCUCCUCCUCGUCGCAGGCCGUCAGACGCUUCAUCCGUCUCUCCUCGACUGCGUCUACAUGCGUCGCCCGCGUCUCUCUCUUUCGCGUUGUCGUCGCUUCCAUUUUGUCUCUCUUCCACUGUCUCUCUUCGUCCUCCUUUGCCUCUCUGCUCUUCAGGCUCCUGUUCGUCGUUGUCUCCCUCUUCUUCCUCACCUCCUUUUUUGGCGCCGUCUAACUCUCCCUUCCUUUCUUCUUCUUCUUCUUCUCCUUCUUCUUCUUCUUCCGCUCGUUCUGUUUCGUCUUUCUUCUCGGAUUCGCCCCGCUGUGCUUCGUUUCCCUCUUCUUCUUUCUCGGCUUCUUCGUCUACGUCGUCGCGUCUGAACGCGACUCACCAAGACUUGCCAGGACUGGCGCCUCCUGCGAGCGACACAGCGUCUUCUCCCGCGACUGCUGAGCCUGCGUUUCUCUCGGUCGAGGUGGACAACUUCGAGCCUUCUCCGGAGUAUCGCCCGCCGCGCUUGCCUCUGCCGAUGCAGACCGUCCAACCACAUGCGUCCGCGCUCCGUCUCGCGCGAGCUGAGGCGCGUUUCCAGCGCCUGUCGCCGAUCAAGACGCGCCGAGUGCUGGCGGAGAUCAAAGGCAUGUCCCUGGGCCGGGCGCUGGCGCAUCUGGCGACGUCUCCGCGUCGCCCCGCGUUCCAGGUGUUCAAGACCAUUCAGUCUGCGUUGGCGAACGCGAUCCACGCCUACGGUGCGCAGACACUCCAGCCGCGCAUCCAGUCCAUCACCGCCCAAAACGGCCCAGUCAUGAAGCGGCCUUUCUUCAGAGCUCGAGGCCGGAUGGACAUUCGCAGACGCCCAACCACCCACAUUCGCGUCGUCCUGCAAGUGUGAAGAGCCGCGGAACCGGGGGAGAGGAGGACGAGUCGAGGCAAGGAAGGAGAAGCACGCGACUGCCGCAAGCGGCUUCCGACUUUGGAAAAGAAGCAAGUCCGAGGGCGGAGACAGUGGAGAAAGAGAGAGAAACGGGGAGGAAGGGGAAGUAUGAAGUGGACGAUGCACAGGUCAAGCGCGACGGGUGUAUAGGCGGAGGAGAAGGGAGGAGAGACGCUGAAUUCUAGUGAAUGUUCAAAUACCGAGACAAACAAAUCCCUGGCCGAGAAAAUACAACACUCCCCACAGUAGGAUGCCGAAAAGGAGAUAACGAAGAGACAAACAGGUCGAACAGAGAGGAGCGGCUGGAAGUCCCUGACUGCCGCAAGUGGGUCCGCCUGAGAGGAGGCCAGUGUCGGACUCGAGGUGUGUUUCUUCAGAACUCUUUGCUUCUGCGAAUUGUACAGACGCAGAGACAUGCGAGAACUGUCAGCGACUUUGUCUACACUUGUCGAAACGGUGUUUCAAGAGAUGUUCAAACAGUCUUCACUCUUGUCCGGCUCCUGUGUCUGGGCGUUUGGCGGAGUCGCCGCGGCCCCGAUGGGGCGCGAGUCGCUUUGCCUUUGCUCGCGGGCCGUGAACAACGAAGCGAAGGGAGGAAACAGCCAUUCUGUCUCUCGAGCCAGACGCGAACUGCGCGAACUCGCGAUCCCCUUUCUUCUGCAGAGCGCUGUCCUCGCCUAGGCACUAAAGUGGAGACACAUGCGUUUCUGGGGCGCUGCAGAGGUCCAGUCGCGACAUCCCUGCUGGAUUGCUGCAAGUUCUUCUAUCAAAGCCACUGACAGCUCGGAGCUCAGACAGUCGGCCCGGAGGCCCACGGGAGUCCCUCAGAACCAGAGACGAACUUUGCGGCUUCGAGCGAGUGCCGACAAACGAAUUUGCUCAGUGGACGCUCGACGGAUCUUUCUCAAAGUCGACAACGUCUCACACUCUAGGCUUUAUUGAUUUACUCGACUCACUCUUCGAGAAAACGCGGAAUCGUUUGGUCAUAUUUCUGAAGGGCGUGCAUUGACGGACACACACAGAAGGCCCAGCGUCUUCUCGUUUGACGGCAGUACUCAAGUGCUGUGUCACCCUCUGCUUGAGUCACCGUAAAAAAUAAACAACCGUUUCAGAAGGCCCUCCUCAGACAGCGCCGAGGAUGGUUUGCUUUUCGCGUCUUUUUGCUGGACGGCUUUACAUUAAUUUUAAUUUCCAGACCCGUUCACAUCGAUUUGUCGUUCCAUGCAUCC